AGUCGCAACGGUCGGAUCUAGACAUAGCUGUAGUCUAUUUCCGUAUUUCGUUAGAGAUUGGCAGUUGACGGACAAGAUCAGACGGCAAGACACUCCAUAAGGAGGUCCCCAGAAUAAGCCUUCUGGGCUCCUGCACCUACAUUCAGUUAAACCAUGGGAUGUGUUUUUGAACUUGGAGUUUUGUUCGGCUGUCUGACCUUUUCUACCGCCGAGGUCCAUACCCUGCGGUACUUCUACACAGCUACAUCAGGAAUCUCAAGCUUUCCAGAGUUUAUAAGUGUUGGGAUGGUGGAUGGUGUGGACAUCAGUUACUAUGACAGCGUCUUAAGGAAGGGCAUGCCAAAGCAGAGUUGGAUGGAAAUUAAUCAGGAAUACUGGGAAUCAGAGACUUCCGUGGGUAUGGGGCAACAUCAGAUCUUCAAGGCAGACAUUGAGAUUUUAAAGGGACGCUUUAAUCAUACUGAAGGAGUGCAUGUUUUGCAGAAGAUGUAUGGCUGUAUGUGGGAUGAUGAAACUAGAGACACUGAUGGCUAUGAACAGUUUGGUUAUGAUGGAAAUGACUUCCUCUCACUAGACCUGAAGACCAAAAGUUGGUUCGCGCCAGUGCCACAGGCGAUCCUAAGCAAAACAAAGUGGAACAAUGACCAAAUGUAUUUAGAGAAAAGGAAUUAUUAUUUUGGCCGGGUGUGUAUUGAUUGGCUGAAAAAAUAUGUUCAAUAUGGGAGCAGCACUCUGGAGAGGAAAGUCCCUCCAGAGGUCUUCCUUUCCCAGAAGGACUCCUCAGUGGUGUGCCAUGCUACAGGUUUCUACCCUGAUGGAGUGAUGAUCACCUGGAAGAGAGAUGGAGAAGAGAUGUGGGAUGACGUGGAUGUGGGGGAGACGCUGCCUAAUGGAGACGGAACCUUCCAGAAGAGAGUUGCGCUUAUCUUGUCAGCUGAUAAGAUGAAGAAGGGCCAGUACACCUGUGAGGUGGCACACAAGAGUGGAAAGCCCAUUAUCAAGACCCUGAUUUUAGAAGAUGUUUUGGUCAGAUUAGGCAAUAUCCUUGGCAUCAUUAUUGGCUGUGUCGUUGCUUCUCUUGUCAUAAUUGGUGCAAUUGUUGGGGCUGUCAUGAUGAAGAAGAAAGGCUACAGGAAGGCAGAGCAUGGGAUUGGAAUGGUGGAUGGUGUGGCUGUCUGUUACUAUGACAGCAACACACAGAGGAUGGCUCCCAUGCAAAGGUGGAUGGAGGAUAAUCUGGAUCAGCAGUACUGGGAAGAGGAGACCAAGCUGGCCAGGACUGCUAAGCAGGCCCUCAAAGCGGACAUUGAGAUUUUAAAACUGCGCUUUAAUCAGACCGAUGAGAAUGUAUGGCUGCCAUUAUGAUGACGGCAAAGACACCAGUGGCAGUGAGCAGUAUGGCUAUGAAGGAGCAGAUUUCAUCUCGC